GUCAGAACUUAAAAUCCUUCGGGUCAGAGCUGAGUAAUUGACAACUGUGCCGAGAGUACCCCUCAAGGCCACCCACCCAUCACCGACCAACUCAACUCACAAAGAACCACAACACGCACCAUGCCACGACCCCGCACCCACGACUCCGAGAAUUGCUGGCAGAGUGUCACCGACCCUAGGAAGCGGAAACAGAUCCAGGACCGUCUAGCUCAGCGUGCACGUCGACAACGACUCGCCGUGCAGCACCAUGCCGCCAGCUCCCCGACCACCGGUGCCAAUUGCCAUACGUCUACACAAGAGAGCAGCGCCCUCGGGGCGGCAGCGCGCCAAGUCAUACCCUCUACGCGCGUCGUGGUCCCCUUAACACCCAACUCAGCACUUGAUCCCGCGCUGGAUCUUCAUCAAGACAUCCCUACCACCGUCUACGCAGCGCUCUUCACCAAUGGCGUUAUCCUAUCCCUCCCUUGCGCCUACGCCUCCCCGCUUCCCUCAUGCUCCCCGCCCUACCCGGAUGCGCCCCCCGAUUUGCAGCCGACGGCAUUGCAACUAUCGACGCCACAUGCGCGAUGGAUUGAUCGAUUUCCGUUUCCGCGGAUGCGGGAUAAUUUUAUAUUAAUGACGGUGGGGGAGGAGGAAGGGGUCGGAGCAGCAAGUUUGAGAGUACUAGACCAGGAGGCGUUUAUAGGGGAUCUGUUUUGCAUGGAGAGUUUUGUAAUUAGGGAAGGGGGCCAGGCGUGGGAUAGUGCGGAUUGGACUAUAGGGAAGAGGUUUCAAGAGAAAUGGGGUUGGUUGUUUUGCUAACGAUGUUUAUUUGAAGUAUUGGAUUGAUCGGUGGCUAACUGAUUCUUCCCCCCCUUCUCUCUCGAUUCCUGCUCUCAGCUCCACCUCUUCCUCGUUCUACACACGGCUGCGACAGCACCGGAGCCCGACAAUGGCGUGGUCAGCUCACACACUAACGCCUUCAAUCGCCUUCGCGAUCCCCGCCGCCGUUUCCUCGGGCACACUCACAUUGGGACAAUGCCCAGUGUCAAGCUUGACAACGCUCACGCUCCCCUCCCCUCCCCUCUCGCUCUCCAAAAACGAGAUCGUCGCUCGCUGAAGAUCCGGCGAUAUGAUCAGGUCGCGCUCGCAAAAGAUGAACGACGUGGGGAUGUGGCGGUACGCUGGAUAUGUGAUCUUGCCGCUGAAGCUGGGGAGCGAGUGCGUCGUCAGCUUCUUUCCCCAUUCGAGAGCAAGAUCGGGUGACAGAUCGGAAAAGGUGGCGGGGCCGAUGACGGCCGGGUCGAGUGUCAUAUAAUCGCCCUGUUCGAUACUAGUUAGCACUCUUUCCUUUGCCCGUUGGAGUCUACGAUGCUAGCAGGGGGAUUAGUAUGAGAAUCGCAGAGACACAAACAUUAAUAGUGAUCGCCUCAGACACCUCCCCCAUGGUCGAUAUUAGCGAACCCCCAAGAGGGGGUACGAUCGAGGUCAAGUACACCAGCCUUACAACUCCCCCUUUCUUCCCUUCCGCCUCGCGGUCCGCCUUUGCAAGCCCCUUGGCCGCUUCCGUCCCAGGGACUCCGCCGUACGAGUGCGUGAGGAUCACGAUAUCGCGGCCUUCAUCCGCAAGUGAUUCGGCGAUGCCAUGGAAGUGCGCUGCAUCGUCGGCCAUUGAGGCAGCGGGGGCGGGGGGAAGUCUGCUGGCCGAAGGGAGGUCGGAAACAACAGCGGGGUAUGAGAGGGCUUGUAAGGAAUUGAUGAGGGUGUCGUAGUGGGAGGCGGCCGAGAAGGAGCCGGGAACUAUGAGGAUAGUUGGUUUGGUGGUGGUGGUGGCGGACAUGGUGGGUGUUUCGGGGUGAGAAUGCGAGUUGGGUUAGAGGGAGACUGUGGUGCUGCUAGAGAUUGACUUGCGGAGAGAAGCCGUAUUGUUUCUGGAUAGGAAGUUGGAUCGAUUCGUAUAUUAGAGAGAAAACUGUGGCAUCUACAAAGG